UAGAUCUUUUUCUCCAUAUGUUGCCGUUUUCUGUUAGUCUUAACCACGUGAUCACAUCUUUUUAUCAAACAUGUCACGUGAUAGACAACCUUCCAUCGAUCCUUUCACUGUUUAGUAUGAGUACAUUAAGUUUGAUAGCAGUUUCUCCGUUUGCCAGGUGAGAAACGCCCCUAUCUCAGUUAUAUACCUCGAUACGUGGACAGAUAACUUGUGAACAGUGAAACCUUGCUGUCUGUAUUCACCUGUCCGGAUAGAGCUGAUUUGUGAAUUUCUGCAACUGCCUUUUAUCAGGGACCGUUAAAACUACUGCCGAAUAGUACAUUGAUAAAACUGAUAUAUUACACAUUUUUUUUGCAAGAUGAAUAUUUUGACAUAAUCUUGCUGUGACGUUAUGAGCCAAGACUUUGAUGCCGCCGACCAACUUUUUCAAAUAUGUGAUCUAGAUGGGUCUGGCUACGUUGAUGAAGCAGAACUUGCACAGAUUUGCAAAGAACUUCCUGCCGAAGAUCUCCACGAAAUAUUUCUAGAACUCGAUAAAGAUCAAGAUGGUCACAUCAGUGUUGAUGAAUUCAGAAGAGGUUUCAAAGAGAUUUACAACAAUGUAAAGAAGCGUCGCCUUUCUAACAAGAAUUCAGAGGAAGGCGUGACGCAGAAUAGCUCGGUGGAUGAUGCAGUGUUUGAUGAUUUUGUGGGGUCCCUGGACGAUGGGCUGAAGGCGUUAUCAUGCCAAGAGCAGGUUUGUGAGCUGUACCAACAACUUCAUGCGUCGGAUAACUCAGACCUGCUACAGAACUUUGAAUCCAUUAUCCUCGGCGUGCUUAAAGACGUCCGAUUCUACCAGGUGGAAAAUGAACGACUUGAGAAGUCCUUCAAAAGAGAAAAAGAGCAACAUGAAAGACAUCUUCGAGAAUUGGAAGAUGAAAUGGACAAAGAGAUUCAGAAAUUGGAGGAGGCUUUCAAAGCAAAGGAAGAAGAAAGAAUUGCCACCGAAAAAGCGGAGCUCAGGAAAGAGGUGGAAAAUGAGAUAAACACACUACAACAAAAUCUCACAAAAUUACAACAGGACAAAUCUGAUCCGAGAGGUUCCGAGUUAGAGGAACAAGUAAAUAAUGUUAAAAUAAAACUGGACGAAUUAACAUCGGAAAAUAGAAGACUUCGCAGUGAACUGACAGACGCACAUACAAAUCUGGCUUUGGUCAGAAGUGAACUGGCAACAGUCAGGCAGCAACAUAAGGACAAAUGCCAAGAGCUGACAAUGGAGAAGGAAACAGUAAUGGACUACAUCAAGGAACAAGACAAUUUAACACGACAGCUUCAUCUAUUACAUGACGCCAAUAAACAACUUCAUGACACCAAUGAUGAUCUCAGACUUGCCAUCGAAAGCAGACGACAGAGUCAAAGAACAUCUGUUGCUAGUGCUUCCAGCUCGACUCCGAACACCUUUGGAAAAGACAGACGAGGAUCUGUAAUGAGUGAAUACUUCCUCGGGAACCGAUCAGGACCGCCAUCGGUAAGAUCCUGUAAUCUAAGUCCUGCAUCAUCAGUUAUUGAAGAACCCAUAUCGAGACAACUCUCCGUCAAUAACUACUCACCACGACGUCUUCCCGCCAGGUUGCCUAGAGACGACACGUGCGAAGAGGAUAACCUUGGCGAUGACAUGGACAGUGGACAUUCUACACUGAGAGAACACAAUGACUUAGACACAGAGUCCGAGGCACACUAUGAUGAUGACCUAUAUAGACAUCGUAUGUUCACACCAAAGAUACAGCCCAACAGACUCAUAGAGGAAACAGAUGAACCCGAAUCUCACGACGAAACCGAAGCAGAGUCUAUUGUCCCAAAUGACAGUCGAUCACUCCAGUUACAAACUCGACUUGGAACUCCAAGUAUCAGGUCUUCCCGCGCAAGUCUCAGGUCUCGAGAGAGCAGGAAUAAUCGUCUGCGCCGCAUGACAACAAGCCAGGAGUCUAUUGGUUCUUCUAAAACCUCUCGUGACCCAGAGAGAAUGUAUAAAAUAGUUUUAGCAGGUGAUGCUGCAGUCGGCAAAUCUAGCUUCAUCAUGAGGCUCUGCAAAGGAAAAUUUGUACCAAACCUCAGCUCCACACUAGGGGUUGACUUUCAAACAAAGUUAUUGGAAGUUGAUGGAAGAACUAUUGCUUUGCAACUAUGGGAUACAGCGGGUCAAGAGAGGUUUAGAAGUAUAGCCAAGUCGUACUUCAGAAGGGCGGAUGGAGUACUACUGUUAUAUGAUUGUUCCUAUGAAAGAUCAUUUAUGAGUGUCAGAGAAUGGGUAGACUCAAUUGAGGAGGGUGCUCAAAAGAAGGUGCCGAUCAUGUUGUGUGGAAAUAAAACUGAUCUGAGAGACGAAUCUGAAAAACAGGGAAGAAAAGUAGUCAAGUUUGAAGAUGGGCAGAGAUUAGCGAGGGAAUUUGAGGGGCUUUUCAUUGAAACUAGUGCAAAAGAUGGAUCAAAUAUUGUGGAUGCCGUAACAGAACUUUCGAGACUAUUAGCAUCGAAUGAAGAUUUAGAAGUUAAAACGUCUGGCCUUCAGCUACAUAGUGGUAAUGUGAAGGAAAAAUCUUCAUGCUGUGGAUCUUAAUGUGAACGAUAAUUACUUCCAUGUACAUAUAUUUCUUCUUUUUGGUCAUUCAAGGUUCAUGCACUGCAAUUAAGCUUAUAUUUGUUAUAAUAUACCUAAUGUAAAGGGGCAACGCUUUUAUACUACAUUAAUUAUAUUAAAAUGAACCAUAACAAACCCACUAAGUCUCAGUUUCACAUCGUAUUUGUAGAAAGAAUUUUAUCUUUUUUCUCUCUCAUAUUUUUGCAUUUGUUAGAAAUUUUGUUAUAUUUCAUGUACCAAUUCAUAAUGUAGUGUAAUAGUGCAAUAACAACAUUUAUAAAUACUUUAUGCGCACUCAUUCAGUUCGCGGAAGAAUUAAUGUUGUGAUUGCGUGAAAUGUAGUGUUCGCUUUCGACAUUUCAUGCAUUCCAACAGCACACACUGACUAUAGUAUGUAUUGUAGAAUAGAUUUAGCAUAUAAUUUGUAUUAUUUUUAUUGUUGAAGGCAUUUGUUUUCAAAUUUUGGACAUUUAUGUCUCAUUUUAAAAUGAUUCAAACGAAUGAUAAUUUACAAUUGAAUACUUAUGUAGCAUAUCAUAAUUUAUACAAUAUAUUAUAAUAAUUCUCCAUCUCGGAAUGAUACUUGCUAUCUAGUCUUAUUUAUUGUUAUAUGCUGGUAAUUA